UUUAUAUGUUUACACAACUAUAUCGUAACAACUAUACGAUAUAAAGAAUACACAUUUCGCUGUAAAUACAAUAAUUUCUUGUUUAAAAAACAUACUUCCCAUGAAUUAAUGGGCGGAUUCCGGGUUUCACAUUCACAUGGAAGUGGAGAGCAAUCAAUUGAUUAAUACUUCGGAUUCGCACCAAAAUGAUGGCCACCGAAGAAUUUAUAAAAGACGAUGGAUUGUCUUAAUUAUUGUCUCAUUAAUUAAUAUUUGCAAUUCUGGGGUAUGGAUAUCAUUAGCACCCGUAGCCGAUAGGGCGGCCCAAUUCUAUGGGACCAAUUCAGACGGCAUCGAUCUCUUUUCGUCCAUAUUCUUCAUGUCUACGAUUGCCAUCGGAUUUAUAACCAUUUGGAUUGUGGACAGGAAUGGCCUAAUGCUCGGUAUAUAUUUGGGAGCAAUUUUGAACGCAUUUGGUAUAACUUUAAGGACUUUAAGUAGUGCUGAAUUUGUUGUGAAUUCGUUGUCUCUUUCGCUACGAAUGCAGUAUAUAAUAGCAAUUGUGGGCCAAAUGAUUGCCGGUUUAGGUCAGCCUUUCGUGUUGUUUAGUCCCACAAAAGUGGCUGAACUCUGGUUCCCAACAAACCAAAGAGCUUUGGCCACAACUAUCACCGGAAUGUCUAAUCCGAUGGGAAUUGUUUUGGGAACUAUUAGUUCGCCAAUAAUUGUCACCGAUUUUUCCAAAAUUCCAACCUUGAGCAUAUUCUGGUGCAUACCAUCGGUGGUCACACUCUUAAUGACCAUUGCAUUUGUCAGGUCCUCCAAACCCCCCACACCUCCCAGUAAUAGCGCAGAAGUGAUUAACUCAACGCCUUAUUUCACGGCAAUCAAAGAGUUAUUAAAACUAAAAGCAUAUCUAAUGCUAUUGUUAUACAUGGGAUGUGCUGUCGGAAUGUUCUCCGCUUUCAUUACACUUAUUGAACAAAUACUUCGGAGCAAACGAUAUGACGAUUCCUUCUCCAGUGUUUGCAUUGCAAUAAUGAUUAGUUCGGGUCUUAUGGGCGCCGCUUCUGUCAGUUAUGUGGUCGACAAGAAUAAGAGAUACACGACAGCAAUGAAACUAUCCAUUGCUUUGGCAACUCUUUCAAUCAUUGGAUUAUUAGUAUCACUU